AUGCAAGGUAGCCCGCAAGGGAAGUACGUCAUUUUCGGAAAUUUCCGUGACUCAACUUCGGAAUAUUCACCAUUAUGCUCACAACUUCUCAGUACCUUCCUGCAGUCCGUUUCGCUUGAGUGUGGACUCGAUUCAAUACCUACGCAUUCCACGAACAAGCUCCACAAAACCGUUUACAAAACGGUCAACUUCCCAUGGAGUACCUUAAUCUGGACCAUUUGGCGUGCGCAUGGGCUCGUUCGGAUACCCCCAGACUCCCUGAAAACGGUCCACCAAACCGUUUGUGAAAUGGUUGAGGCCUCAUGGAGCACCUUAAUCUCAUCUGUUUGGCAUGCAUGUGGGCUUGUUCAAUACCUACGCAUUCCACGAACAAGCUCCACAAAACCGUUUACAAAACGGUCAACUUCCCAUGGAGCUCUCAGUACCUUAAUCUGGACCAUUUGGCGUGCGCAUGGGCUCGUUCGGAUACCCCCAGACUCCCUGAAAACGGUCCACCAAACCGUCUGUGAAAUGGUUGAGGCCUCAUGGAGGCACGAAGACGACACGUCUACUUGCACAAACCGUGCCUGUGCCUCUGUCGACGUGUUCCCACCCAAUCCAUGGUGCCCUGCACCCCUCCAGGUCCCAAGACGACAUAUCGUCGUCCGCGAAACGGCACAUCCUGCCCCGCGGCUUCUGCACCCCUUCCACCUUGAUAUGGGUGUUCCAGGGCGGCUACAGCGCCAGGAUCUACCACUCGCGCAAAGCUUCAGAUUAUGCGCAGAGGGGCUCAGGUCGUCACGUUUAUGCUCGAACACCCCCUCUGAUCCAUCCGAUCGACGACGACAUCGCUACAGCGCCAAGUUCACCCAAGCUCAAAACCUCCGCGCAUCUGCAUACUUUACCAAACGCCAUCCGCUUGCGCUUGAUCUCUUCACACAGGUAGUCGCACUAACAGCACUCGGCCCUGCUGAUUCGACGCUUCGUUCAUCAGGAACGAAAUACUACCGCGACGCUUCCUAUUCCAUGGUUUAUCUGCCGCUUGAUGUUCAAAAUUGUUAUACCCAGAAGGGCUGGGAGACGAGUCCUUCUCCUCCACAACAGCAUCCCGCAAGUGGAGCGCUCCACAAAUCCAGUUACUUUUGCAAGCAACGCUAUGGUUCUUCAAGAGGUCUUGAAGUUUUUUGGGCCCACCAUCCCAAUACUCGUGGCAACUGUUAUUCGUAG